UCAGUGAUAAGAUGAAAAUUCCUGUCUUCAUUGAAGGAUCCACUGAAUCAUUAACACAACUAUAUCACAUCCUAGAAAGGUGUUCUUUCCAAGUUGAUCUACUGACUUCACAAUGUCUAUAAUCAGAUUCAAUAAUCUCACUUGGGAUCAAGUCAUAACACUGGAUCAAGUGCUAGAUGAAGUAAUUCCAAUUCAUGGAAGGGGGGAUUUCCCCACAUUGGAGGCAAAACCAAAAGAUAUCAUUGAUGUUGUGAAAGAUCAACUGAUUGAGCAAGGAAUUAUUGUUAAAGAUGCACGAUUGAAUGGUUCUACAGCAAGUUACAUACUUGCAAGCCACAAUGGACCCAGCUAUAAGGAUCUGGAUGUUAUUUUUGGUGUUGAAUUACCAGAUGAUCAAAAAUUUCAGGCUAUUGAGGGUGCAGUUCUAGGUUGUCUACUCGACUUUUUACCAAAAGGUGUAAAAAAGGAAAAGAUUACUGUAAAGACCAUGAAAGAGGCUUAUGUGCAAAAGAUGGUCAAAGUUUGCAAUAAACAUGAUCAUUGGAGUCUCAUCUAUCUUUCACAUAAUUCUGGGAAGAAUGUAGAACUAUAAUUUGUGAAUUCACUCAGACCAUUUAAAUUUAGUGUAGAUUCCUUUCAAAUUGUUUUGGAUAUCAUGUUAGACUUCUAUAGAGACAAAAAUGUUAAGCUAACCAAAGAAUACUAUCCUGUUGUGGUAGCUGAAAGCAUGUAUGGAGACUUCCAAGAAGCAAUGAUACAUUUGCAAUACAAGCUUAUAUCUACCAGAAAACCUGAAGAGAUUAGAGGUGGUGGUCUUCUGAAGUAUAGUAACUUGCUGGUUCAUGACUUUAAGCCAGCUUGUGAAAAAGAAAUCAAGAUGAUGGAAUGUUAUAUGUGCUCUAUGUUCUUCAUUGAUUUUCCUGAUAUAGCAAAACAGCAAAAGAAGGUUGAAUCAUACCUCUGCAACCAUUUCAUAGAUGAAGGAAAAAGCAAGUAUGACUACCUUCUGACUCUGCAUGGAGUUGUAAAUGAAAGCACUGUUUGACUUAUGAGACAUGGAAGGAAGGAAAGA